AUGCCAGAGCAAUUGACAGAUCUCCCUUGGUUCAUGUACGACACCGCAGACGAGUUACUGAAUCAAGACUUGGGCAACCGACCCUGGUUUAUGCGUGCAGAGGUUGAUCAAGUGCUACAACCACCUCUCGCAGAACUCCUAGGAGGAAGAGAAAACGAGAUUGACGUGUUUGCUGAACACGGCCUACAAGUUGUCACUAUGGACAGAGAUCCCAAGAAAGGGCCCGCCAAAAAAGCAGCAGUGGUGGAAGAUGCAGCACCGAGCGCAAAGUUCUUACAGGCCCGCAUUACCGCUCUUUCUACCACGAUGAUCAAGAGGCUUGAGAACAUUUUUGCUGUUGCUUUGGGCCCAGAAGGCAAUGCAGACCCAUCCCUUCCGCCCACCCUGACAGACACAUCAGUACAACAAUUUCAACUCGAGGUCGAAUCCAAUGCCAUUAUUCAUGCUGCCGAGGAGAUUAUGAUGCUCACGAGAACUAUGAAAGAGAUCUGGCUAUUUGGUGGCUUGGACACAUUGACGGCUGAUCAUGACGAUAAUAAGAAGGAUGAAGAGGAGGAAAAGAGAAAGCGGCUCAACGAAGACGUGAAAGCGGUAGAGGCCGGGUUCAAGAGAUUCCUGGAGCGAUACGAAAGCACAAGUCAAGUGACAAACAAGGAUGGUGAGUCGGUGCCUGUUUAG